UUUUUUUUUUUCUAAAACUUUCUAAACAAAUUUUAUCACAUAGAGAUAACUUUAGUAAACAUGUCUAACCCUCGAGUUUUCUUUGAUAUUUCUAUUGGUGGCAAGCCAGAAGGACGUAUUGUCUUUGAGUUGUUUAAGGAUAUUGUACCCAAGACAGCAGAAAACUUCCGCGCCCUCUGUACCGGUGAAAAGGGUGUUGGAAAAAGUGGUAAGCCUUUGUGCUAUAAAGGAAGCAUUUUUCAUCGUAUUAUCAAAAAUUUCAUGUGUCAAGGUGGUGAUUUCACUGCUGGUAAUGGCACUGGUGGUGAAUCUAUUUAUGGCGAAAAGUUUGAAGAUGAAAACUUCGAGUUGAAGCACGAUAAACCUUUCUUAUUGUCUAUGGCCAAUGCUGGUCCAGGCACAAAUGGCUCUCAGUUCUUUAUUACCACUGUUCCAACUCCUCAUUUAGAUGGUAAACAUGUUGUAUUUGGUAAAGUUUUAAAGGGUAAAGGUAUUGUUCGCACUCUUGAAUUUUUAGAGACUAGUAACGAUAGACCCUUGAAGGAUGCCGUCAUUACCAAUUGUGGUGAGUUGGCUGAAGGUGAAGACGAUGGUAUUCCUGUUAGUGAAGAUGGUGACAAUUAUGAAGAAUUCCCUGAUGAUCAUGAGGGACCUAAGGAACUCGGAGAUAUCAUUGAAAUCGCUAGUAAACUUAAGGACAUCGGUAAUAGCUACUUUAAGAAGGGCGAUUUUGAAAAGGCAUCUAAAAAAUACCUUAAGGCUAUUCGUUAUUUGAAUUUUAAGCCUGCCUUUGAUGAAGAGGAUCCUGAAGAGCUUCGCGUUAAAUACGCUUCUAUUAAAAUUCCUUGUUUCCUUAAUAGAGCUAUGUGCGAUCUCAAGUUGGGUGAUCAUUCAGACUGUUUGAAGGUGACCACAAUGGUAUUAGAAUACGAUAGAAAAUAUUUGAAGAAUACAGAUUUCACCAAGGCCUAUUUCCGACGUGGUAUGGCCAAGUUGAACAGCAAAGAUUUAGAAGGUGCUGUUGAGGACUUUACAAAAGCUCAAGAAUUAGAUCCUAAUGAUGCCGGUAUUAAGAAAGAGCUUGCUAAUGCUAAAUCCAAGUUGUCCGCCAAGAGACAAAAGGAGAAGAAUGCUUAUGCUAAAAUGUUUGCUUAAAAAGUUUUUCAUUCAUAUUUUUUAAAUUAUUACACAUUCAUAAACAUUUUAUACACAUACUAAUAUGCAUGAAAUAAACACUUUUUUUUUCAAGUAAUCCUAAAAUCUUUCUUUUUAUAAAAAAAGUACACAAUCAGUCAAAAUUUGAAAUAUGAAGCCUCAAAAAAAAAAAAAAAAUAUAA